AUGGUGUGCCUCAACUUCAUCCCGCUAAUUCUCCUGCUACUCGGGAUUGGUCUUGGGGAUGCCUUCCCCUCAGAUGCCCUGAAGAAGACCUGCAGUCUGUCCAAGUACCGGUUCCUCGUGCCCCAUGUGCUGGAGGCUGUGCAGAAGAUGCAACAGCAGUUCGAUGACAUCAUGCUGCUUUCAGACCGCAAAUGCCACACCCUGCUCUUCCAUCGGAGGAAGAGUCUAGUGACGGCAGAGCUGUCGGUACCUGACCGACUGAUGCUGGUAGAAGCUGAACUGGACUUUGCCAUCACCAUGCUGGAGCUCCCUGCCUCCAACAGAUUCGCUGAGACACGCCAGCGCCCCUUGGCCUUCCUCACUCAGGCACGAGAGGACCUGCGAGUCUGUAUGGCCAUAGAGGCUCCUUCACAUCAGCCCUCCAGGAAACUCAGGCACCAGCUGCAAAAGCUGGAGACAGCCAGGAAAACAGAGACCACAGGCUGCCUGGAGGCCACUGCCAUCCUCCACCUCUUCCAAAUGCUGAACGACCUGCAGUGUGCGGCUCGGCGGGACCAGUGCACUUAGCCCCUGCCCACCGCAAGGCCAGCACUUCAUGAGACUCUCCAACCCAAAGGGCGCCCCGAGGACCAGGAAGAAUGCCUGCUGUUGCACCACUGGACUGUAUUUCCUAUUUAAGCCUUUUUUUAACUAUAUUUUUUUUGUAGCUAAGGGAGCAGUUUCUUCUUCACAGUCUUGGCUUUACAGUGUAUGGCUUAGGAGGGAGGUGUGUGUGUGUCAAAAAAUGCCCACCCUCAAGGUGCUGUGCAAUUAUGAGUUUAUUUAUUGAACAUCUCAGUUUUGCUGUUUUUUAAGACACUGUUUUUAAUGAAAUCUAUUUUUUCUAACCUGCUAUUUAUUACAACGUACAUUAUAUAUAUAUUUGCCUGUAUACAUUAUUUUUUUACAUGCUAAGUAAUAUGAAAAAAUAAA